AUGGAAACGGAAUGUUUAGCUUUACGAGAUCUCAAGAGUGUAAGGAGAAGUAUAGCAGAUAUGGACGAAGAGGAGGGCAAAAAUGAUCAGAAGGAGAACAUUUUCGCCGAGCGCAGGAAGGCACCCCAACACGGCGGUGAGCCGGGUUCCGCGGCACCAUUGAACGGCAGGAAGGGUCUGGCUCCGGAUCAGGUCAACGUCACCCCCGUCAAGCCUCUGGACCGCGCCCUCCCCGACCCCUGGACUCCCACCGCCAACCUGAAGGUGCUGAUCAGCGCCGCCAGCCCGGACAUCAGGGACCGCGAGAUGAAGAAGAUCCUAUUUCGGCCCAUUGAGAAUGGGAGCGAGGAGGCGGCCACGCUGGAUGACCCUGCCCAGUUUGAUGCAGCUGACGAAGACCCAGAUGAUUUUGAGAAAAGGCCGAGCAGGAAGCAGAAGAGCCUGGGCCUACUUUGCCAGAAGUUCCUGUCCCUCUACCCUGAUUACCCAGCGUCCUCUGAGACGACCAGCAUUUCUUUGGAUGAGGUGGCCACCAGUCUAGGCGUGGAACGCCGGAGGAUCUAUGACAUCGUGAACGUGCUGGAGUCCCUGAUGCUGGUGAGCCGGGUGGCCAAAAACCACUACCUGUGGCACGGCCGGCAACAGCUGCGGCAGACGCUGCGGGGCUUGCAGGGCCUGGGCAAGCAGCAGGGCUACCACCUGCAGAUGGAGCAGCUGAGAGACUGCAGGCCCAGGGCGUCUGCACAGGCCGCUGAGCAGAGCGACCACACCGACACUGGCUCUGCGGCCAGCCGGCGAAAAGACAAGUCUCUGCGGAUCAUGAGCCAGAAGUUUGUCAUGCUGUUCCUGGUGUCCGACACACAGACCGUCACCCUGGACGUCGCUGCCAAAAUCCUCAUCGAGGAGAGCCAGGACAUGGCCAACCACAGCAAGUACAAAACUAAAGUCAGGCGACUCUAUGACAUUGCCAACGUCCUGACCAGCCUGGGUCUCAUUCAGAAGGUCCACGUCAAAGAGGAGAGAGGGAGGAAGCCUGCAUUCAAAUGGAUCGGUCCCGCCCAGUUCCAGACCUGUGAAGAGCUGGAGGCCAGGGCUGCCAUUUCCUUGCCAGAGCUCCACAAGGACACGCUGCCACCGUUAUCCGGGGGAGGGAAGCGGAGGCUGGCGCGCCACGCCUCCUUCAACGUGGUGCCCACCUCCGCCGCCACCCAGCGGAGGGUCAGCUCCGCCCCCAGCAGCCCACACAGGGAAGUGACAGGUCUUAUUCCCGAGCCUGUGGAUUACUCCAGGAGGGCUGUGAGCAGCAACGCAGUUUGUAGACUGCAGUUUGGAGAUGACAGAGGGGCCCAGCCAAGUGUGAAACCAAGGACCCUCACCCCAAAGAUCAGUCCUGUGAGCCUUGUCCCCGUGGCAGUACCCAUCCAGCAAGAAUCCCUCCCCUCUCUGCCUUGCCCCUACACUGGCACUGCCCAACCCCGCACGCCAGUGCCGCCCGUGGACCCCACCCCAAUAGGAGGAGGCAGUGAGGCCCACCCUCCGGCGCACACCCUAAAUCCGCCCCAGGCGCCCGUGGUCAUGCUGUACGGGCGAGGAGAGCUGGAGCGCAUGAACGGGGCGGGCGAGGGUCAGAGGUCGCCCGCAUCGGAGACAAGGCAGGGCAUGCUGGGAAAGAGGAAGAUCAGUGCUGAGGAGGAUGAGGAAGGACACAGGGCCAGAAGGCUGACAUACAAGGAGGAAGAGCCAUCUCAUGAGAAGAGGUGGUGGGGACAGAGUGAGUCGGAGAGCUCCAGCCCGAGGACGUCCCCAGGCAGUGGUCUCCAGCACCCCGCCGUGCUGCCGCAGGGAGAGGCACCACCCGUGCCUCUAGGCGUCCCCCCACCAUCACACUACCUCUAUGUGCCCAACUCCACAGGCCUGAACCUCCUCCUCUCUGCUGGAUCUGCGCCCAGCGGGCUGGCUCUUUCCCCGGGCGCCGUGCCCGCCCUGGCCGUGCCCUACGUCCUGGUGCCCUCCUCGGCCCUCUCCCCCUACCAGCUGGUCGCUGCCGGCCUCCCCGUGGCCUGCGGUGACGCUCAUGGUAAAAUCAGCUUCGGCAUGCCGGCGGUGAUGUCCCCAGCUCACUUUGUGGUGGGGGCGAGUUCCUUCACUGUGCCAGGGGUGCCCGGGUUCGGUGUACCCUCACCUACACUCACCAGCCCAGAGCAGGCAGUCUCGGCCGAUUCCCCGGUGGAGCCUGGACAGCCUACAGCCCCCUUCAAAACAGAACCACAGACACCGCUGACCCCAAAAGAGGCCGACCCGCCCGCCUCCCGGGCUUUCUUCCAGACUCCAGGCACCCUGGGGUCUUCCAGCCCCCCUGCUGCACGCAAACGAGGCUCCGCCCAGAGAAGGCUGGAUAUCGGGCACCCGCCAGCCAAUUAG